AUGCGAUUAUUCGGUACUCCUUCCCUGGCCCUGCCCUUAGGGCUGGCACUGUCAAUUGUUGUAUGUGCAAAUGAAGAACGCAGCUCAAAUGUCUGCACUGUGAAAGCCAAUGGAAACCAGAAAGAUGAUGUUCCUAACCUGCUGGAAGCCUUCCACCGGUGUGGCAAUGGUGGUACGAUCAUCUUUCCAGAGGACCAAGCCUACUGGAUCGGUACUCGAUUGAAUCCCGUUGUAAAUAAUAUAGCAAUUGAAUGGCGCGGGAAAUGGACAUUCUCUGAUGACCUGGAUUACUGGCGCAAGAAUUCGUACCCAGUUGCCUUUCAAAACCACGCUGCUGGAUUCAUUAUCACAGGCCACAAUAUCACGAUCGACGGACACGGUACUGGUGGUAUUGAUGGCAAUGGGAAUUCAUGGUACACAGCCGAGAAAGGCGACACGCAGCCCGGCAGACCGAUGCCGUUUGUAUUUUGGAAUGUAUCAGAGGUCAGUGUGGAAAAUUUCCAUGUCAAAGAUCCUCAGUUGUGGAGCAUAAAUAUUAUGAACGGAACCAACAUGCGCUUCAAUAAUAUCUACUGCAAUGCGACUGCGGUGGAUGCACCAUACGGCGAGAAUUGGGUCCAGAAUACAGACGGAUUUGAUACGAUGGAUGCGCAGAAUAUCCAAUUAAGUAAUUUCAUAUACCAAGGCGGCGAUGACUGUGUGGCGAUCAAACCACGAUCGUACAAUAUCGAUAUCCACAAUGUCACCUGUCGAGGUGGAAAUGGGAUUGCUAUAGGCAGUCUGGGCCAAUAUCAGGAGAACUCCAGUGUGGCUAAUAUCCGUAUUGACCAGGUCAAGGUGAUCCGAUACAACGAGGACAUGCACAACAGUGCGUAUAUCAAAACGUGGGUCGGUGCACUUGUACCACAGAGCUCGUAUGAGAGUGCUGGACUCGCUUGCGGGGGUGGCUGGGGCAGCAUUCGGAAUGUGUCGCUGUCAAACUUUGAAAUCCAUGGAGCCAAUGCUGGACCUGCUAUCACACAGGACAGUGGAAACAAUGGCUCGUAUUCGGGCACCAGUUUGAUGAGUAUUUCCGAUGUCGCAUUUGUCAAUUUUACGGGCUAUAUUGAGAGCACUUCGAUGAAGGUGGCAUCUGUUUCAUGCUCAAAUGUGCACCCGUGCUAUAAUAUCGAUUUCGAAAACGUGGUUUUAUACCCAAAGGAAAAUGCGACGACACCGGGGGUUGGGUCGUGCAAGUAUACAAUGGAAGGGGGGGUACAUGGGCUCGUUGGAUGCUAA